AUGUGUCCUCCGGGCCAUGGCGCCAAUUUCUCAGACACCAGACCUGGGCACAGGUCGGCAGAGCGUGCCGACAAAAUUGCCGGGCUCGGCAUCCUCUCUAUAGACCCGGCGUUAGCACGCCAAAGAGCGUACACCAUAGACAGCCUCAACAUCAGCCCGAUCGAGAAUUCCGGGCUCGCACGGCAGUUGCCUGAUUUGGGCGAAACUGCGGCCGCAGGGCCCGGCAGCCGGAACGAGCCCACCGCGGAUCCUGAGCACACGAUGAACCUCGAGAAAGCAACCUGGGAGUUCUCGGACAUUCUCCAGAGCAUCUCCGGAAAAGACCGGGACGACCUCCCCGGGCUUCUCGAGAAAUGCAAUCGGCUCGUGCCGCUACUAGCCAUUCAUCCGUCGCUCAAGCAGGAAGUGGUGAUCGAAAACGUGAUGUUCAAAGUCCAGUUCAUGCUCUACGACUCCCGCGCCCAGGCACGCGCCGCGGCGUACCGCGUCCUCCGCCACGCGCUGGCCACGCCUGACGCCUUGCUCCACCUCGUGCGGCUGAAACUCUUGAUAUUCAUCAUUGUGUCUCUUCUGACGCCAACGCCAUUGGUGGAGAAGGAACAGGCCCUCAAACUCGUGCGGGAGUUCGUAAACAUCCCCGGCGGCGUCAACUACUUGAGCGUGGGUGUUGUCAAGGCGUUGGUGGCCUACGUGGAGCACGAGAGCGACGAUACUCAGCACGCGGGGUCUGAGGAAUGGGGCUCGCACGAGUCAGAGGCGUUCAUGCGCAUGUGCAUCGAGACCAUCAGCGAGAUUGCAGUUUUGAACCCAGACAUUGUGUUUCACGGUGGCGGGCUCCGGCUCCUUAUCAGCUUGACCAUCAACGGAGCCACGGAUAUUUCGGUGUCGUGCUUGCCCAUGCUUCUCACCCUUCUUGACAUGCCGCACUCUCGGCUAUUUCUUCGAAACGGUGCUGACUUGGACUGCCUUAUGUCUGUAUUCACUUUGUUUGACGACGACGAUGCCCAAGGCAAAGCGCUGCACCUGAAAAAGUACCACACCAAGGCCUUGAAGAUGUCCUUCGUGCUCUCGUGCUUCUUGAAAACGUGGCUGGGCCUCAUCUGCUUCUCCCGCGACAACUUCGACCCGGUCCGGAUGUUGCUCAGCAAUUUGAGGAAACGCAACUCGCGUCUUUGCAGCAUUUUGCUUGACCUUCUACUAGACGUGCUCCGCAUCAAAAGUUUGCCGUGGCUCGAGGACUCUGCAGUGGGCGACCUUUUGGCCCUGGCGCAGAUGCCCCACAGCAACGCCAGUAGCCCGAAGUCGACUCCAGUGGUUUCUUUCGAGUUCCAGGAAAUGGACCCCCGCAGCUUCGAGCAUGGUGUCAUAUCGCACUAUCAAGGAUUGCUCUCGAAAGUCUUGAUCAACUGUGGGCUCGUUCCCCUUCUCUUCAACAUUGUCAACGAGGACAGAGAUACGGCCAACACAACCAAGGCCACCACGUUGCUAACCAACAUCCUUGACUUGUGCUCAAAAUAUUUACCCCUGGAGUUCUACAGCACGCACAUUUUGCAAGCUUACACCACUAAUCUAAGCCUUGCUUCGCUAAGCAAAAUCGAGGCUGCAACGCGCAUGCGCCAGCGCCCGAAUACUACCAAGAAGACUGCUGACGUACGUCUUGCUAUGCGUGACUUGGUCCAAAAACUGCGUAUCAAUAUGAAAGAUGAUUCAUUCAAGGCGCUAAUUGCCGGGUCAAAGCUUCUCACAAUGAAGGAGUUCGACGACUGGAACUGGUCGCUCCUCUUGCAGAUUUUUCAAGGCCCGCUUCGCCUUUCCUCGCGUUUCUGCGAGCUACAGGAGAAAUAUCCAAAGUUCCUCAAAACUAUGCUCUCUUUCUUGCGCCCGUUCAAAUAUCGCUUCAGCUCCUUACCCGUGAGUGCAAGUUCCAAGUACCCCAAGAUUCGCAAGCCUAAGCAAAUAAUGCUUGUGGCGUGUCAGCUUAUCGAAGCCCUUCUAAACACAGAGGAAGGCAGCAAGGUUUUGGCAACCAACAAGCUCAUGCCGCAACUCGCGGAGAUUUUUGCGCAGGUGGACCCAUACAGUGGCAUCAGCAGUGCAGAUCCAAUUUUGGCCAAGCGCAGAUUAGAGUAUUCGCUAUCGGUGGGGUAUGUGAAGAUAGUGGGUGUGAUGUCCGCCCACCCUAGGGGAAUCGAAAUUUUGGGCCAAUGGCAGUUGUUCCACAUGAUGAGCAAUAUCAUUGACAGCAGCAUCAAAGAUGAAGCCAACAACUUUCUCAUUUUCAACAUCUUACAGAACCUAAACUAUACGCGCAAAGGCCACGCUCGACUUAUCCUCGCUAAGGCGCUUAGUAUAUCCAACUGGAAAGUGAAGGUGUAUGCACUAGAGAAUGUAUUUCCUUUGCUUUGUGCCCUUGAAGGGUGUGAGCAGCUAUAUGUUCUCAGCUUGGUCAAUCUUCUUCACGACGAGAACGACUCUGUUACGAGCAUGUCGGUUGAGUACUUAUACGAGUACUUUAUUGUUAAAAAUAAGCGUGAACUCAUCGAUGUUCUUGUGGAGUGCAAACCCAGCAUCAUGGUUCUUGAACAAAGUGAACAUGGCCAUGUACUCCUCUUGACGUUUUGCACGACGUCGAAGGGUUUCAAAUACCUCGAGGAAAAUGGGUAUAUCGAGGAAAAGUUCACACAAAGCCUCGAGCAACUCAAAGGGCUUGAUUUUUUGACAGCUGUGGAGGAUUCGCUCCGACACCUUUUGUUCCCGUAUGUGUCAUCAUUCUCAGAAGCAAAAGUCAGGGUGGGCCCUUCAUUGCACCAUUUCUUCCACUACUUGCUAGCCACAGAAGAAGGUUUUACUUACUUCAAUUCUCGCAGGUCGUACAUUGACGAGGCAGUGGCGAAUAUUAGAAGUCUUUGUCAAUUGCUAAACAUUGUCAAAGGCAUUGAUGACGCUCACGAAUAUGAUGGCGGAAGAACCAGUACACAUGACGACGAAUAUUUGUUGAAAAGACUCAAGCAGUACAUUUGGAUGGUUGGCGAGAUUGCAUCAUCUAAUUACGGUAUACAAAUUUUGGAGCCCGUCUACAGCUCCACUCCAGGGGGCGCGCAUAUAGCAGAGACUCUAUCGCUCAUCUUCGAAGAGGCCAGUCACUGGCAGCUUCGUGGGUUGGCAUUUUUUCAGCUUGGAAAAAUGGCUGGGACGGUCGAAGGCGUGGAGAUCUUAGAUGACUUGCAGUGGAUUUCGUUUGACUCUGGUGAGAAAUUCAAUGUUUCUCUCGCGUAUCCAAAAUUCAUGCAGGGCGAAGGAUUCACCAAAGUGGAGAUUUUGAAUCCUUAUAAAGACGUCAGCUAUUACUCGCUAUUUGGGAACGACACGGAAAUGCACGUGAGCGGAAAUCUUGAUUUGGAGGACGAAAUAGUCAUCGAAAGCUACGAGGAGAUCGACGACAAGAUCUUAACUCUUUUCAACUAUCUAAGCUCAGUUUUGGGUCGCAUUGAGCGAAAGGCAACAAAGGAGCUUCUCCGAAUUAAGACAGAAAGCCCGCAAGUAUUCAGCAAUACCAACUUAUUCUUGAAAACAAUCCGGCUAGUCGACAAGGGCAAGUUUAAGUAUCGCACGAGGAUGUUCAUUUUUGACUUGUUUCAUCCCAUGAAGAUCUUGGAGGGACUUGUGAAGAAAGAUAGGAAAACUUCGAGCGUGAAGAGACUAGCUGUGUGA